CCUAAGGAACUGGUGGCUGAGUUGCGCCAAAAAGCGGUGGAGAGGUGUGAGAAAAGUCCCGAUUUAUACUAUAGUGAAGAUGUGGAGCGACUGAAACGGGACGACUGGUCUGUGCGCCGGUAUCUUCAUCAACACAAAUCCAAACCCGAUGUCCAGAAAGGGUUGGAGGCCUUAGACAAGGCCCUCAAGUGGCGGAAGGCAUACGGAGUACGCGAACUCAAAGAUACGGAUUUCGCUCGCGAGGGCUAUACCAGUGUCGGCGCUAUUAUCUAUGGGGUCGAUCACAAUGGCACUCCCAUUAUGAUUAUGAGGGGAAAGGUGUCGAAAAAAAUAAAGUCUUGGAUGAAACUGGCUCAUCAGUUUUUGGUGUAUUUGGUUGAAAAGGUCGACAACAGUAAUGAAGGGAAAGUGAACUCCUCUAUAAUAUUCAAAAUGCAAACAGUGUUGGAGGCGGUGUAUAAAAUGUGUAAGUCUUGGCUCAAUGAGGAACAGAAUAAAUACGUGUAUUUAACUGGUAAAAAGACCAUCACAGAGUACGUGGACCAGGAUCAGUUACCUGACUUUCUGUUGGGCACUAAUAAGACCCCGUAUCGUACGGCACCGGACGGGGCGCCCACUGCUCACGAGUUGGCAGAAAAGUUAGGCAUUAAACCGGAAAAGGCCGACAAACUGGUCAAGCAUUUAGAAAAGUUUUUUGAAAAUUAA